GGCACAGCCCCUUCCUGCCUGCGCCAGGCGCCCAGCCACCCAGCCCCUGGCCAAUGGGCUGCUGGGCAAGAUCGAAUGUCACUAUAACAUGAGUUCGUGAGCAGAGCGGGCAGUGCCCGAGCCGGUCCUGUCCACAGGGAGCUCCAGCCCGUCUCUCCAGACUCAGCCACAGAAACAGUCCCGCCACCAUGUCGGACGAGGAAGUUGAACAGGUCGAGGAGCAGUACGAGGAAGAAGAAGAGGCCCAGGAGGAAGCCUGCACACCUGGUGCUCCUCCACCUGCAGAAGUCCAUGAAGAAGUCCACGAACCAGAGGAGGUCCAAGAAGGUACGUCCCCGCCCCCGAGCACAUCCCUGCACAUUUCCUCCCCCCAGCCUUGCUCCCUGCCUGACUCCCACCACCUUCCCAUGGGCUGGGGACACGGUGGGAAAGGUUGGGUCUGGGUGCAGUCUUCCUCCUGGCCCCCCGGCGCACACCCCUCGGGGGUGUGGGGAUGAGGCCCUUCUGGGGCCACCAGCAGGAAGGUGGGGGCAGCCAGCCCCAACACCGAGUGCAGAGCCCAUGGCCCGAGAGGGUGCUGGCCUUGGGAGGAGGGUGCUGAGGUCCACCAAGACCCUCUGGACCGCACAGGGCCGGGUGGAGAAGAGCAGAGGAGGAGAGACAGGGCAGACGCCUCCACCCUGCCCCGGAUAGCGCGUCAGAGGGGGAGUCAGGAGGGGUGAGGUUGAAGCGAGGGUGGAGGGCCAAGUGGGGUGAAGCAGAAAGUCAGGCUGAGGCCCGAGGCAUUACGGCAGCGACCUGGAACAGCCAGGGGCCUUGCGUGCAAAAGAGCAAUCAGUCAGGUCCCGCAUCCCACCCACCACCUGGGCUGCAGCCAGGCACGCCCUGGCGUGAGGAGGCCCCUGGGUGGGCCGUGCCUGGGCGGGGGCAGGGGACUCGCAGGUUCGAGUCAGGGAGCUCUUGGCCCCUCCGCUCGGUGGGGCCGCGGGGGCCUCCGGGCUGGGCCUGAACCGCGAGCACAAGCCUGAGAGUAUCUUCCCUUCCUGGGCCCCAGAGAGGCCGCCUGCACGAUGAAGGGGCGUGCUGGCCCCCGCGUGGGGCGGCGGAUGCUCGGCCGUGCAGGUAGAGGUGUCCAGGGGGCUGCAGGCCUGUAGGGGCCCACGGUCAGCAGGGCACCCUGAGGCCGAGGCAGACAGGCAGAUGGUG